AUGCUUUUGGGUGCCUGCUCCGAGACUAUUGAUUGCUACCAGCUUCGACAUGCCAGCACCCAACUCUACUUGCAAGCAACUUGUGACGGGCGAGCAUGUUCCGGCCAUCAUGAAGUCACCUUGGUUCCGUCACCGCAGGGAGCGGGUGCCCUCUGGUACUUUGUGGGUAACACUGCUACUGAAGUUCGGCUGCAAAACAGUCGAUUGGGUCAGACUUUGGGUGGCGAGGCAGCUGCAGUCGCAUCAUUUCAACCUGACAACUCGCAGCAGCCUGUAUCGUUGGAUGUGGAUCGGUUGAACGUGGCAGACUAUGUUCAGGCUGCAGGGAUCCAGUUUGCAAUGCGCAAUCUUCACACUUCCGACUUUCUCUGGAGUGACUGGGAAGGCUAUGAAUAUCGACUUCAUCCACAACGUGAUCUUUCCCUUUACGAUGGGCGGGCUCAUUGGCAGUUUCAACCCAUUAAUUGUGAUGGCGACACUUCCUCCACUGCGAGCAAGGAAUGUUCCAGCAUUACAAGUGUGGCUACGGAAGCCAUUCUGGGGGGCAGUGGAACCCAUGCUUACGUCACCCCUGGAGCAGAACCUUUCUUUGAAGAUGUGCAUGCCUUCCACAUCCAAGUUGUUGCCUGUGAUGACAUGGGGUCAACUUCUCCAGCGACUCUCGGUUGUAUACGAAUACAGAGUGCGAUCCAAUCAGGGCGCGUUAUUGGGAUUCAUUACGACGAAGCUAAAGGCCAAAAGGAGCUCUAUUUGACGGAUCGAAGCAAGGAUCCAUCAUCAAAUGAUCUGGCCUGGACUUGGGAACUGCUUCCAGCAUCUAGUGGCAAUUAG